UUGUUGUCCUACCUGUCGUGGCAAGUUGCCAAGUCCCAGCGACGUACGAGCUGUUAGCUACGUCACGCGGCGAUUACUUUUCCCUCCCACCUUUCACCCAGGUGUUGUGAUGCAGUCUCGGCUGACACUCGUACGCUUCUCUGUCACAUUCUGACUUGCUCAUCCGGAGAUAGACUUCCGUGUGCAGGUGUUUAUGCAGGUUAAUGUUGCUCCCUUUUGCGUUGGCCUUGUGCGCAGAUCCUCCUGAAAGAAGCAGCAGACGACAGUGACCCUCCCUUACAGAAUACAGACUGACCUGCUCUGCUAGGUUGUGGUCUAUGUAAGUAGUGUCACAGCCUGAACGAGACAAGUAACAUGGGGUCCAAGGUACCUCCCUGCCUCAACAAAUCACACAACUUUGGUAUCUACCUGAAGAAAGGAAAGAGAAGUAUACUGCAGCUGGACUUCCCCAGUCAGCAGAUAAUGGUCAUCCGUAAAGGCCACGUCAAGAAGACCUUCGCCUUCCAGUCCAUGACUUUCUUUGACUCUGAGGACGACCUUCACAUCUCCAUCCGCUUCUUAGACGAGGUCAUGGAGUUUGAUGCCGACACCAUGGAGGAAAAGUACACAAUCUGUCGUCUGCUAGAUUUAGUUCUGGAUGCUGAGAACUCAGACGACGAAGGAGCGUCAGGAAAGCUGGAGAGCCUACAGACUGCACCCAUAAUUCCACACUCGGUCAUCAAAGAUGACCUCCUGGAGAAGAAGGGGAACACAACGAUCACCACCUGGAACAGACGAAGAGUGAAAAUAUCUGUUGGGGAAUUUUCCUACUACAAACCUGGUGAAGAGCUGGCUUUGAACGUGGUACAACUGUGGCAAGAUCGGUGUCGAGUGGUAAAGAUCGGUCACAACUCUUUCAGCAUCUCCUUCAGCCAUCGGGACUACUGCUUCAGAAUUCCGAACGACAGCAAAAGCCGAGCGAGCGUUGAGACGUGCAGAGAUGAGUGGGCAAAGGCAUUUGAGAAAGCCAUGACCUCCAAGCGGCACACCAUCAGACUGAUCUCCUCCCCACUGGGGCUGUCAGAGAUGGAGUCAGUCGUGAACACAAGCUCUGUACCCGAUAAAAUCCCAGGAAACUCACAGUCAUCCAUGCGUCCACCAAGACAGAGACAAGAUCAAGAACAACAAAUAAGGGCCCCAGUCAAUGGGAACAUUUGUAAAGAUGAAAACAAGACACCUCGACUGCCUCCUAGUACGGAGAGUAAAGGAGAAAAGCCAGCAGGCAUUGUGCCCUCCAACAGUAACUUCCAGAACAGACUUGGAAGCUCGAGACCUCCGAACAUUUCCUCCUUGAAAGAACCUCAAUCGCAAGAAAAAGUCUGCGAAAGGGGUCUGGUCCUUGCGGAUGGCAGCCAACAGGCUCUCAACGAACCUAGAGACCAGUGGGUCUCGCCUGUGUCACCUGGCUUCAGCAGUGGUUUUGACAGUGGCUUCAACAGUGGCUUCAACAGUAGCUUCAACUCUGAGGGAGGGAAUUCUCCUGUCCCUCUUUCCCCUCGAAGUCCCCCUCUUCCUCCUCCUGUUCCGAAGGCGCUGGACCAGGGUCAGAGGUCGAAAGGUGGACUCAAGCUGAGACAAGUUUAUUGGACGCCAGUGGAACGCUUUAAGGUAGCUGUAUCACUGUGGGGAGAGAUUAAUUCUCAGUUGCCUGCCCUAGACCUUCAACUUUUAGAGGACAUGUUUACAAGCAGCGAUAAAGACAACACUCUUACAAGAUCGAAGCAAAGCAACAAGCAGACUCUCCUGGACAGCAAGCGUGCACAGAAUCUCGAGAUUUUGUUCUCAGGAUUCAAGGCUGACUGCCUGAGUCAGUUCCUGGAAGCCAUUAACUCCAUUAGCGAAAUCGAAUCGUUUGAGAUGCAGAAGCUAACGACUCUCAGACGAUUGCAGCCAACAGAAGAGGACAUGGAGAUGUUCGGGAUGUACAGCUCGUCACGUGACUUCCUUGAACCAGUUGACCGCUUCAUGCUGGAUAUCUGCGAGAUCCCUAAGCUAAGCUUGCGCAUUGACCUAGCCUUGAGUUUGUGGGACUUUCCGAGUCGCAGCCAGCUUUACCUGGAGGAAGUAGACUCCCUGACUAGAGCCUGUGACGCAGUGCUGGAAAGUUCUGCGCUGCCCACCAUCCUGCGACUUCUUCUGGCCAUCGGUAACCAUCUCAACACCGGCAGACAACCCAAGGAUGGGGUACUUGGCUUCCAGAUCUGCUCAGUGGAUAAACUGGUGAAUCUGAAGGGUCAAGACCCGCAGUAUACACUAAUGACCUACCUGGUGGAGCAGCUGAAGGGUGUGACUGAUUUGAUGGACUGGACAUCACCUUUAGCAAUGGUCCCUAAAGUCGCAGGCUUCUCUAUUCGAGCUGUUGGCGCGGAAGUUGAUGUGCUUAAAAGCGAUCUGCAGAAAGUGAAGAAAUAUCACAAAGUGUUGCGAACUUUGCAAGGACACCCUAGCGUCCAUAAAAAGUUUAUGUCCGACCUACAGGGAUUCAUCUUUGAAUAUGAAAUGAAGCUCGAGACAGCGAGAGACAAGAACGACAAACUCCAACACAAAUUCAGACAAUUACUGGCAUGGCUCGGUGAGCCCCCCAACAGGACAUCUGAGGCGCUGUUUUCCAGCCUGGCCUUGCUGAUGGAGCGUUUCCAACAAGCUCGUGCCCGAGUAGGGGGACCACUGAAAGCUGUGUGACCUGUGACCCAAGGCUUCUGCCUGUUGAACUCUUGAUCGCCGACGCGAUUCUUUUCCCGCCGGCAGAAGCCACAGCUCUGACCGAGUUCAUUCUUUACUUUCUGAUUCUUGAAGACUUGAUAACGAGUGCAGUAUAAAAGAGGAGCCUGGUGCUGGAUCGUCUUAUUCACAUCCAUGGGACGGGCUCUGUGAAACAGGGAGACGACUUAAAAGCAUAAUGUCAUAAACUAAUUUUGUCAACCUUUUUAUAUAUAUUAAUAUAUACGAAAUACAACUUGUGAGAACAUUUAACCAUCAAAGGAAUCGUUAAAAAAUUUUCGUUGCUCAAACUUACUCCCAAGAAUACAUAAAUAUGUGUGUGCGUGCAUGCGUGCGUGCAAGCGAGCGUGAGUGAACGAGUCUAGUAAGGAGACAGAUUUUUGCCAGAUGGUUCGCUAGUUAAAAUGAUUGCUGGGCGCACGCAACAGAAUUAUUGCCUGUCAAAAGAUCUGUAGGUAUGUAUGAUUCAUAAAAUGAUAAAAUGAGUAAGUGGGUGGAUGAAUGUAGAGAAAUGUGAGUGCAAAAUGGUGUGUAUGUCACAUACGUGCUCGAGGAUGUCUUUUUGAGUACCAUAACUCUUC